GCAGAACUACAAAUUCAACGGCUUCUUUCUUCUUGAUUGUCUACAAGCCCCACGUUAAGCGAUGCUAACGCCCGAAGAGAAACGAUGGGUUGUCGUCGGGAUUUGCCUCUCAAAAUCUCUUAUACCAGGAAUUAGGAAGGUCAUUGAGCAAGAGAUACAUGAUUUGUAUCAGAAUUUGGUUCGCACAUCUCCCUGCAUUCAGUCACAAACAUGGCCUACUUAUCACAAAAUCCUUCCACCUUCUACGUGGCGCCUGAAUUAUGUAAACAUCAACAACAACAGCAAAAAACAGCCUCACAGUUAUGAUUACUGUGUUAGAGACGAGGUGUCUCUAGCUAAACUGUUUGUUAAGCCAUUCAUGUUAGGCUUCACAGGCUUUGAUGAAACAUUGGAUUCAUCUGCAGCACUCUCUAUCCUAUGUGAAGCACCAAACUUUGUUUAUCGUGGAAUUGAUAUCAUCGCAAAGGAUGUACGUGAUAAUGUUCCUAAUGAAUGGGGCCAUUGUACAUUUGCAACAUGGACUGAACCCUUUUACCUAAAAUGCUUUCAACUCAUGGAAAAGCUUAUUACAAGUUUGAAACUUUCUGAAGCUUCCAAGAAAAAAGUUUUGGGGGAUUUACAGGAAUGGAGAAAUAGAGGUAAUGACAUGUGCUUCGGACAACAGAUCAGCAAUGAGGUGUUCCAGCUCGUUCAAGACGAAAUGAGGGUAUUAUCCACAUCUGUUGAGGAAAAUAAAGACUCCUGGGUGCAAGACCAUGAAGGACUGAGGGACAACCUUGACAGUUUGAGAGAGCGAUUUGCUUCUAGUCUCAGCAAACUUGAAGAGAAACAUGUUGCGUUGGAGAGUGAUCUAAUCUCCGUUAAAGAAGAUCAGUUGAAAACGAAAGAAACAGUGGCCAGUUUAUCACGAGGAAUAGACAAACUGUCUAAGAGCGGACUCCACUGGAAAUUGUCCGUAGUUGUUGUGCUUCUUGCAAUUGUAUUGUUCCUUUAUGAACAAUCUUUCGGGGAAUGCGGCAUGUUUCAUUAUUGGUACUCCAGGGCAGCUCUCUUUUGGAAAAUCUUAGUGGUUAUUCUCCUGGUUCUGGUUGUGGUCUUUCUGUAUCAACACUUCGCCCGCGGAACUAUGUUUCGCUACUGGUAUUGUAGCCGAGGCUGUAUACCAGGCCACGAGCUUUCGUUUGUUUUUAAGACAUUUAACAAACAGACGCCAAAGGUUAAAGGAAUAGAGUUCGAUUGGGAGGAGUUAAAAAAUAAACUGGGUUUGACAUGUGAACCCAUUAAUACUCCAGUGAAUGUUCGCUCGGUGAAAUCGAGGUCGGCUGACCUUUUGGAUUAUAUCUAUACAUCAGGGGCUGAUCUGUUUGCUUUCACCGAGACAUGGCUUACUGCUAGUGACACUGCGGCAGGACUGGAGUUUAUUCCACCUCAAGCAUACAAGUUUCUACACCAUAAUCGGUCUGGCCGCAAGGGUGGUGGUACGAGUUUGCUGUUCAAAGAAAACAUUGAUGUGUCGAAAAUUGAUGCAAUGAAACCCUGUACAGCUGUUAAGGAGAUCAGCUACAGGCAGCUAAAAUCUAUUGACAUGGAUGCGCUCCGAGCUGAUUUAACGACGUGUAAAUUGUGUACCAAUGGUUUUACGGAUUUGAAUGUGAUGGUCUCCUGCUACAACUCCACACUGUCGAUGUUACUUGAUAAAUAUGCCCCCCUGAGAACUAAGACUGUUGCUAAUAGAAAGCGUGUGCCUUGGUUUAACCACCAAGUUAAGGAUGCUAUUAAAGCUAGGCGGAGAGCUGAGAGGAAAUGGCGCUCUUCUAAAUCUGCACAAGAUCUAAGUGUUUUAAAAACGAAGAGAAAUCAUGCAAUAUACUUGAUGAACCAAGCUCGCUGUGAUUAUUACACCAAUCAUAUCCAGCAAAAUAGUUCUGAUCAGAGAAAACUGUUUAAAGUUACGAAGUCCCUGUUGUGUGACACCAACACUGCAUCGUUUCCUCGUGUUGACACUAUUCAGCUUGCAAAUGAUUUUGGAAUUUCUUUGCUCAAAAGAUUAAGUAUAUAA